GUUAAAACAGGGCUUCUUUCUAUUCCCCAACCUGCGAUCUGCGAACCUGCGAACGACAAUGGAGAAAUAGGGCUUCUUUCUAUUCUUUCUGAAGGUUGAGUGGAACAAAUCAACCGAAGAGGAAGAGGCGGAGGUGCUGAGGUAAUUGAAAUUAUCCGUAUUUGUUCUCUCUCGAAAGGAAAUAGUAGAAAUGUCUGCAUCUUCUACAUCUACUGGCAGAAAAAUUCCGAAUUUUACAUUCGAUUAUGAGCCGGUCGUGUAUUGUCAUUGUGGGAUGAAAGCAUCGUUGUGUACUGGAAGAGAGAGUGGAAAAAUGUUUUAUGGGUGUCCAAAUUGGAAGGUGGAAGGAUGUGGUUAUUUUGUAUGGAAGGAUGUAAUGGACGCAUACAGGAAUAGGAUUCAUGGUGAAGGAGUGUACCGAAAUACUAAUGAAAUGCACAAGAAGAUUUCUGAUCUUGCUCAGCAGAUGGCUAUUGUCCAGAAGGAUGUUAGAUGUGUUAGAGACCUACUUCUAAACAGUCAUGUGCUUGCUGAACAGAAGAUUGAAAAGAAGAAGAAAAAGAACAAGUAUAGGUCAUUAGGACAAUUUGGUUUUGGUUUCACCUUAGAUUGUAUUGCUAUGGUGUAUUUCAAUGCCAAUAAUGGUUUAUGCUCUUAUUAAAAGUUUCUUUUGUAAACAAUAGUUCAUGUCUAUGUGAACAUGCCUUGAUGGGCUCUUAUUUCAGAUUUGUUAUUUAAGCUUUAAUACUU